AUGGUAGAAUAUUACGACGUGAAUCGCGAGUUCCUGGACUGCGAUGACUUCAUCGUUGGUGACGUCCGUGUCGGCAGCCACCGUCAUCUGAUGUUUGCCACACCUACCCAGCUUCGGCUUCUGCAGCAGGCGAGACGAUGGUACUGUGACGGGACCUUCAAGAUCCGCCGGGAGCCGUUCCAGCAGCUCUGGUCAAUCCACGCCUUCCUGCAGCAGGACGGAUGUACGAAGCAGGUCCCUCUGUGCUUCGUACUGAUGUCACGUCGGACAGCUGAGGAUUACGAAGCAGUUCUGCGACACCUACUCACCUGUUUGGAAUCCCCACCAGAGGUAGAAGGCUUCAUGCUGGACUUCGAGGCUGGAUGUUGGCGAGCCGUCCGGAGCGUGUUCCCGGGUGUGGACCUGAAGGGCUGCAGUUUUCACUGGGCCCAAGCUGUCCUCCGCAAGGUCGACAGUCUUGGACUUAGGGCCACCUUCAGGAAGCGUCAAGGUGUUGCGGAAUACAUCCGGAAGUUGAUGGCGUUGCCGUUCCUCCCGUCGCCUCAGAUUCACGACGCCUUUGUGAAGCUGAAGCGUCUGGCCAACACCCCAGAGCUGACUCAGCUGGUCGAUUACCUCGACAGAUACUGGUUCAGGAGCGGUGUCUGGUCGACUGCGAACUGGUGCGUCCAUCGACAGUCCGUCCGCACCAACAACGACGUAGAGGGUUGGCAUCGCAGGAUCAACACCAAGGCUCGCCGGGCGAACCUCCCGUUCUACAUGCUCGUCCCAUUGCUUCACCAGGAAGGCCGCCUGGUCACCCUCCAGAUGAGGCUGGUAGCCGAGCAGGCCCUGCGUCGCCAGCAGACUACAGUGUACCGCCGGAUCCAGGGGAAGAUCCAGACGUUGUGGGACCAGUAUGCUGAGCAGGAGAUCUCGAGCUCGACCUUCCUGAAGACCGUCGGCAAGAUCUACUGCCCAGCGACGGUCCGACCAACACCAGACGACGAAUGAGGAGUAUACCAACAUCUCCGCGCCGACCAGUUCACAGUCGAACAAGGCCAUGCCACACCCAGGAGGCAGGUCACACACACACAAAAAAAAAACAAAAAAACAUUUUGGUUCUUGAAAGAGGAGGCCUCCACGUGGCAAGAACUGGUAACGGUAUACAUCGUUUAAAUGCAUGCAUAUACAUGCGACGAAAUGAUAUAUACCGGCUGACAUCCUCUUAUAACUUAUAUGCAAUAAAUUGUUAUGGCAGGGGAAGUAACCGCAAUACAAUAUACAUUUUAGUUCUUGCUAGUUACCUCCCCUAUUAAU